AUGAAGAAGCUCUUCGGGUCUCGCAGCAGCGCCAAUACGUCAAGCCCGACGCCGAGGACCACGGCAGCACCGGUAGACCCCGGCAAGCGCGAUGAGCUCUAUGAGGCGGCCAUGGGCGACGGCAAGGGCGGCAUGGUGAAUAAAGAUGGCGACGUGCUCGGCUCAACGAUGACGGAUGCAGCCUCCAUCUAUACCGGCGGCCGCCAAGGCCCCGACCCUGCCAAGCGGCACGGCUCCUGCUAUAUAGGCGGAACCAAUGGCCGCUGCGGCACGUGCGGGCUGUCGAAGAUUGCAUGCAACUGCCAGACCUGCCACUGCUGUGGCCGCUUCCUCAUGUCGCCGUCGAGCCGCCAUCACUGCCGGCAAUGCUGGCGUGCCACGUGCGCCGACUGCAGCACCAGCGUGCGUACGAACGACUUCAUGGGCGGCCGGGUGACGCUCACCUGCAACUUCUGCGCCGUGCCCAAGGCACUGUGCUUCGUUACGCAGAUGCGGUACAGCUCGUACGAUAUGGUAGGUGUGGUGGACCUGACAAUGGGGAAUGGGGCUGGCAGGAAUUACGAUGUGAGCGCAAAACCCCCGCAGCCGAACAUGCGAGCCGCGAUGGAGCCGUGCGCCUUCCGCUGGGGCGUGUACGCGCUCGGGUGCGCGGUCGAGUCCCCGCGGCGCUGCAUCAACCCAUCCUGCCCCGCCCCACUCUCCUACGCCGAGGUGUGCGUCAAGUGCAAGACGCCGACCGUCGUCAUGACGUUUCAUGAGCAGCGCCACAUUGUGAUGCAGAACACGUCGAUGGAAGGAAAGCGCCCCGAGGCCAGCGACUCGUCGGUCAGGAUGGUGGAGGCGGUGGAGGAUGCGGUGCGCUCCGCGUACGACAACAUGGCGACCUCCCGCACCCCUGAGGAGGAGGAGGAAAUCUUUGCUUCUGCGCUGCCGUCGGGGAUGGAGACGCAGCUGUUUUCCUCCGCUCUCAGCGGCCCUGCCGUGCGUAAGCUGCUGCUCUCCCUGGUGGCGUGCUACAUUGCCGGGGAGUCGUCGGGGACGCCGUGCGUCUCGCUGGCCUUGACUGAUCUCCCCCUCUACGGGAGACUGCUGCGACCGACCAACAUAACGGAGCUUUUCACUGUCUUUGAUGGACCGGGCCGCACGCGCUUCAUCGCCUUCAGCUCCGGCACCACCCGGCGGUCUGCCUUGCAUCAGGUGCUGGGCACGCGCAUGGUGCCUCGGGAGCUGUGGAGCAACGCUACGAUGAAGAAGGAGCUUGUGGUGGGCAAGGUUGUGGGGGGCAAGGAGGCGGCGCGCAAGGGAGGGCUGAACACCAAUGUGGCGACGUGGGCCAUGCGUUCGGGCCUCCUUGCCUACAUGGCCGAGGACAACAUAAUGGAUCGCGUGCAGAGCCUCGUGCUGCGCAUAGUGAAAAGCAGUAGUGAAGUGGUGAUUUGCGGCCACGGUGUCGGGGGUGCCGCCGCCACCUGGCUGACGACGUGCCUGCUGCUGGAGAACACGCCCGAGACGCGUGAUCGGCUGAUGUGCGUGACGUUCGGCGCGCCGCUCAUCGCUAACCAAUCCCUGUCGGAAGUCCUCAUCAAAAACGACCUCGCCAAGAACUUCCACCACUGUGUGUACGGCAGCGACAUGGUGCCGCGGCUCUGCUACGUGGAUUCGUUGCUGCUUUCUGGCAACACGGCCGGCUGCACCUUCUCUGUGGGGCUGGAGGAGGAAGCCACCUCGGGGAGGAGGGUGCAGGAGUGCACCGCUGCGUGGGUCGCUUUGCAUGAGGAGCCUCAUAACCCCGCGGAUGUAGCCCAGGCGAUGGCGGAGAUCGGAGAUGACAACUUAUCCCUCACCAACUUUUCGUCGAGCGCGCAGCAGGCCCCCAUAGAGGGGGGAAUUGAUGCCGCGCCCCCUGACAAGAAGGAGUCGUCGAAGCAGCCGGCGCAACCGGCGGACACGGCCGCCCGCACCGCCGCGACUGCGAUGGGUGACCUCUUCCUGCAAAGCCGCGAGCCGUUCGGCAACACCUCCGUUCGCACCGUGCACAAAGGAGACGACGACGCGAAAGGCGCCGUGGUGGCCGGCCAGUUCAACGUGCGCGACGCGGACUUUAAGUGCUUCUCGUCGCCGCAGCACCGCGACAGGCAGGUGAUGGACCCGUUCGGCUUCUACCAUUUCUUUUGGCACCCACGCAGGAAGUACAUGUGCACGGACGACCCGAAGGUCGUCAUUGCUAUGCUGUCGGACCGGACGGAGCUGCGCGUUCAGCUGCGCGAUCACUUGCUGAGCUCGUACAACAAGGGCAUGCUGGAGUACAUCUACUCUGCGUGCCCGGAAUAG